AAGAAUUAUGCGAAAUUUUCUUCACUAUACUGUAUACGGCCAAUUUUUCAACCACUUGUAGUUUGUAGUAGAAUUUUCUGCUGCUUUGCUAUAUAAAAUGCAUAGCACCGACUCAGAAGCCAUUAAUGAAAGGUUCCUUUCAGAACCACCAGUAUUUUAUCAUAAAAAACUAUGCUGGUUAUUUCGUAAUAUUUAAUUGUGUGUCAGAAUGUUUGAUGUAACUAAUCUAAUGGACGAACAGAACUUUAGUUUAGGAGUAUCGUUUCAAAUUCUAGUAGUGAAAAAGAGGAAAGCUUGCACAAUUCACACAAUCGAUCAACUAAUUGAUAUUCGAAAGUAUAAAGAAACGACCUCCAGUUAUGUCUCUGACAUUACACACCCGUACUUUUUUCGGUCGUUUUUAGUACAAUAUCUUGAACGGAGAGUACUCCCCCGAUCCAGUCUUAAUGGUAGUCGACAAACAUUGUCGGGACACUUUUAAUACGUUGGUGACAAUUGAUUUGGUCGCAUUAGAAAAAAAUUCACUAACUUGGUGUGCAAAUAGUUCGGAUUUUCACGAUGCACGAGCAAAAUUUUAACCCAUUAUGGGUAUUCAGAUUUUCUGAUUGUACAAUAAACAAAAAAAAUCGUCACGUUCAAUAGUUCUAUUUCAAGUGCCCAUCGGCGCAUUAUCAGUGGCAGAUGUUGUUAAACGUGAGCGUGUGCUGGUGCAUUCAUUGGCCAGAUUAGAUAUCGUCAAAGUGAAACCACUGCAAAAACAUUCGCUGAAUUCACUGAUAAACAGUCGGUAGAGAGUUGUAGUUUGCAUAGAACCAAAUUUCUUAUGGCACCGGAGGAAAUUGCCGAUCAGCUUCCCGUGGCCGCCAGCCAACGGUUGCUACUGGAAUUGAUACGAGCAGAGUUGAAUACGGACGAUCACACGCUAGAAAUCACGGCCGGUUCCAAGAAAGGAGACAACUACAAUUGUUUGAUCUAUCGGGCCCAGGCCACUUGCAGGCGAUCGGGUAAGCAAGUCAGCAUUAUAGCAAAACUUCCACCCCAAAAUGAAGCACGACGGAAGCAAUUUUUCGUACGUCACUGUUACGAACGGGAGAUCAGUGUUUACGAAGAGAUUUUCCCCAUGAUGAGGGAAUUUUAUCGUUCGAAAGGAUUGAACCGGGAAGAUUCGUUCCAUCAGGUUCCGCAUUGUCUCAGGAGUAGUUUCGUUGACCAUGAGGAAGCUAUUUUCAUGCGGGAUUUAAAAGCUGAAGGUUUUCGAAUGGUCGAUCGUCACCGGGAUAUGAGUUUGGAACAUUAUCAGCUGAUGUUGAAGGCUUUGGCUCAUCUGCAUGCGACUUCUUUUGCUCUGAAGGAUCAACAAUCGGAGAAGUUUGAGCGAUUCAGAAGUAUGAAGGAAAUUUUAGCUCUCCCGAAGGCUCAUGCACUGAUGGGACCGUGGUACACUCAAAUGGCCGCCAGAACCAUGGAACUUUUGGAUGAACAGAAGGAACCUGAAGUUUAUCAGAAAACCAAAAAGGUGUUGACUCUUUCGUGGCCGGAGUUGGCCCGAGAUUUACUCAACGGUCAGAAUGCCGAGCCGUACGCGGUUCUUUCACACGGCGACUGUUGGCAUAAUAAUCUACUUUACAAAUAUGAGGAUGGUAACGCAGUUGACAUCCGCCUGUUGGACUGGCAAUGCUGUCGGUAUGCCUCACCGGUUUUGGAUCUUACGUACUUUAUAUUCAUCGCUACAAGUAAAGCCUUUCGGGACCAAUAUUACGAUCAAUUGUUGAACUUCUACCAUAGCACCCUGUCGGAUUUUAUACGACGGCUUGGAUCCGAUCCCGAACGUCUAUUUCCUCGGAAGGCAUUCGACCAGCAGUUGCUUCGAUUUGGUCGUUUCGGGUUGAUUAUGACCACAAUCGGACUCCCAGUAAUCACGACCAAACACGAAGAUGUACCGAAUUUGGAACAGUGGGCUGAACAGAUUGAUUCCGGCGAGGAUGUAAGCAAAAGUUUUAGUUCUAGCGAUUUGAAAUCAAUUUAUCGGCAAAACAUGACCGACUGUUGCCGUGAUAUGGUUCGUUUGGGGUAUAUUUAGGUAUUCUCAAUGUAUUAUAGCUCAACUGGGAAAUAUAGUCAAUUUCAAUUCCGUGUAUUAAAUUAGCACGAAAUGUGAAAAAA